CCGGCCCGGCCCGGAUGGCCGCGAUCUGUCGGGUACCCGCGGGCCGAGGUCAGGGCCACAGCCACGUACCCCGCAGGAUCGGCACCCGUGGUGACAUCACGGUGAUGGACACAGAGCUGGAAAAGGCUGGAAGAGCUGCGUCCCACCAGGGCAGGUUCCUGAAGGUGUGCGAUGGAAACGCUCGUGGGAGCCCGCGGGGCCAGGUGCCAGGGAGCAGCCGAGUAACCCAGAGCACUCUGGGCAGAGCCUCCCACACGCGGUUAAAUUCAGUCCUGAAUAAAGUGGCACAACUAGAAAGCAAAUUAAUGUGUCAAAACAAGCACCUGGAAUUGCAGAACACUGACUCGGGCCUGAAGCCUUUGGCUGAGGAAUGCACCUCAUCUUCCUCUGGGCAUGAAGGUGGUGCCAGGACCAAGAAGUACUGGAAGAAUUACCCUACCACCAGUGGGAAUGGGACCCGCAGGGAUGCCUGUUCUGAGGAAGAAGAAAGCAUCCAAAGCCCUAAAAGGAAUGCUACAGUUAAACAACAGCUUGAUCUGGAUAGUGAUGAAGAGGAAAUGAGAGAAUUGAUGGAGAGCUCUUUGGAGUUUUCCAGUGGAAAUGGGAGUCAGAAGGUUCUGAGCAAGACUCCAGUUCCAUCAGGAAGGGCUCCUCCACCUCAUAAGGAAGUUUCACCAGCAGAGUUAUCUAAAGCAUCUUCUUUUCACAGCAAAGACUCAGAGAAAAGUGUGUUUGGUAGAGUUAAUUCACCAGCACUUUCACCCAUCAGCAGAAACCUGUCAGGACACACCAUGAGAUCUCAGUUGCUGUCGUCUUCCAUGAAAGGCAACGCUGUAAAGAUUGCUCUGCCUAAAACAGGCUACACCAAGCAAAUCCAAGAAUCCCUUGAAAGUGACAGGAGUGAAAUAAAGUCAUUAGAUGAAUUAUUUUCUGAAGGGGAUGAUGCAGAAGAUCCAACCAGCAGCAGCUUGAAAUGCUUCAGACUGAAUGUCAUGAGCCUUGAUGAUUUGGCACCAGACACUACCAGUAAGGCAACAGAAUUAAAGCAAAAAGGAAAAGACAUCCAGUUUACUCAAGAAUCAAACAAAUAUGUGAAAAAAGAUACAUUGCUGGUGGAAGAGGACCAGGCUGCUCUUAAAAUGACCAGUGCAGUAACUAGUGUGAGUGAUUCUUCUGAAGAGGGUGUUGAAAAAUGUAUCUCUGAAGCUGAAAUCUCUGAACAUUUAAGUGGAGUUUCCUCAGAUUUCCCUCCACACAAACAGGAUUCUCUUAAUCAGAACGAGACAACUCUUAAUUCAGAAUAUUCUGAAGACUUCGAAGCGUCUCUGUCUACAGCAGACGAGGAAUCUGUGGAGGGACAUGCUGAGAGCUGCACGUGUUCUGGAGCUCUCCCGUCUCCAGCCUCAUCCCUGCUGGUCGCCCGAGGGCAGCACAGCCGGGGCCACCGAGUGGCUGUCACAGAGACCGCGGUGCAGACAGCAGAGCCUCCCUUCACCCCCUGCUGGGCAAAGGCAAACCCCUCUGUUGGAACCAGCUACUUCGAUCCAGUGCCAAUUGCCAGUCACCUCAUCAGCAUGGAUGCAGUAGAAGCCCUGAGCACGUACAGCCCCUCGGUUCUGGUUUUACACGCCAUGUGCAAGCAGCACGUGAUGCUGACCCAGCAGUUUGUUGAGAACCUUCACCGCCUUCACACGUCCCUCGUGGAGUCAUUAGAGCAUGAGAAGUUCCAUUACCAUACCCUGGAAGAGGCUAAGGAGUACAUCAAGAAUCACAAAUCCCCGCCUCUAACAAUUGAGCAAGCUCUUGAAGAAAUUCGGAAAGGCCAAGAGAAAUAACUGCUUGGACAGUUACUGAGCUUUAAGUGACAUUUAUAUUUACAGCUCUAAUGCUGAAACAAGAAACUUUUCCAAGUUGCACAGAUAAACCAUAUUGGAAGGAUUCAUACAAACUGCUAUGUUAGUAUAAGUUAGUUAGUACAAGUUGCUAAUUAUUAUAUAUAAUUUACUUUUCUAUACCUGAAUGUUUUACUCGUGUACACAGUACAGGGAUACACAGGAACCUUCAGCCAGACUAUGGCAGCAAAAGAGAUGUCAAGGUAACACUUCUGUCUAAUGGGACCAUGGUAACAUCACAGUGCACAUAUUUAUUGGGUGAAUUGUGAGAUCUGAGAUCACAUCUAUGAUUGUGGUAGAAGUGAAAGUCUGUGCUACAGCCCCUGAGAAAUAUGACCACAGCAGGAAAUUACUGUACCCUGCCUUUAGUGCUGUUAUCUAAGCAGUUUCUAUAUAAUCAGCCUUGUCAGAUUACAACAAACCUGAACACACUCAAGAGUGUGUUUGUUAGGAUAAAUUCAAAACAAGGAAGGAUUAUAGUCAAGGUGCAGGAAUCCAUUCACUCUGAAAUCUCAGCUGCCUUUUUAUUUUAAAAAAAUUGUUUAUUGGAAGGCAAAACAACAACAUUCACAAGUUGGUAACAUACAGGUGUUGUAUGCUGAUUCACAGACAGCUACAGUUCCACAACUACAGUAGAUCUAGAACAAACUGAUAUUCCACCAUAUUAACUGGAUGGUUUUGAGAGGGAUUUUGCUCUACAAACAAACAACUGGAAAAGAGAACAGCCACGCACACCUGGGGAAUGGAAGUGCAGUAUAAGGGCCUAACAGCUAUAGCUGGUGGUCUCUGGAAACAGUUACAAAAGGUUUGUUUCUUUUUUUUCAUUUAGAUUACAGCAAAGUUCCAAGAACAGCUCCUUGAUAGAAAUGUGUAGAGCAGAGAAAAUGGAUUCUCUUCUAUUGAACUAAUUAGCUUUUAUUAAAGGGUAUGUACAAAAAUAUAAAAAAAAA